UGUGAGAGCGAACGCAGAUGAUGCUGUGCGUUGGGGGAGAUGGUGCUGGUUUUGGCUUUCUUUCCUGUGCUACAAGAUUUCCUUCGCUAAGCAUUGACCUCUACGUCCUGUCAGUCACGCACCUCAUUUACUCCGGUAAGAGCUGUUUACGGUUCGCCACCAGAAACCGAGCAGGUUGCUGUGAGGGUUUCUCAUUUUGGUUUAUUUUCUGUCUGUGUGCCGUAUGUGUAGAGAGAGACAGGACGACAAAGAAGAGGGAACAGGGUGGUACAGGCAGAGGCUACCAUGUGUUUGCUUUAACUGAGGACAAGAAGCAGCUGGAGAAGAGGAGAAAUAAAGCAGAAGCUGCAGACAUUGUUCCUUUAUUAUCCAGAACCGGCAACAAAGACAAAAGCCUCUGAAGCUGAGACUCAGGUGUUCUGCAUCGUAUUUUUACUCCGAUUCCAUGUGCCAGUGGCAUCGCAUCAAGGGCGAAUAGGAUGUCCGUGGCUGGAAAAAAGGAGUUUGAUGUAAAGCAGAUCCUCAGGCUCCGCUGGCGCUGGUUUAGUCACAACACCCAGAGCCCGGCUGGGAAUGGCGGCUAUUUCCAGCAGGAAGGUUUUGACCACCGGGGAACACCGGUCCGCCUGAAGGGUCACUCUCGGGACAGGGGAGGACUUCGCAAGAGCAACAGCCCCGUGCACAACAUUCUCGCUCCCAACCCUGGACCCACGCCUGUUUAUGUCAGGACGGGCAAUCAAUCAUGGCAGCAACAAAACAUCAUCCAGAACCUCCAAGCUUGCGAGGAGCUUCCCAAGAGCGACUCACCUUGCAGUGCCAGGAAAGAGGAGGCGAAGAGCGGCCACGAGGAUGUGACGAGCAAUACAGAGAAUCCAUCUGAAGAGGAAACUACAGACAGGUUGGUUUUGAGCAAUUUCGCUAGAAUGAGCUCCAACUGCUCAGAUGAAUUUUUCCAGGCCACAAACCAUGCAGAACAGACCUUUCGAAAGAUGGAGACCUAUCUUCAGCACAAGCAGCUGUGUGAUGUACUUUUGAUAGCUGGAGAUCACAAGAUCCCAGCACACAGAAUUGUCCUGAGUGCAGUGUCAGACUACUUUGCUGCAAUGUUCACCAAUGAUGUGAGGGAGGCAAAACAAGAGGAAAUUAAAAUGGAGGGUGUUGAUCCCGAAGCAUUGAGAGCACUGGUUCUUUUCGCAUAUACUGGAGUCCUGGAGCUGAAAGAAGAGACAAUUGAAAGUCUUUUAGCUGCUGCUUGUCUCCUCCAGCUUCCACAAGUCAUUCAAGUUUGCUGUAACUUUUUGAUGAAACAACUGCACCCGUCCAACUGCCUGGGAAUCCGUUCAUUUGCUGAUGCUCAGGGAUGCGUGGAUCUUUUGAAUGUUGCUCACAACUACACUACGGAACACUUUUUAGAAGUCAUCCAAAACCAGGAGUUUCUAUUGCUACCAACAACAGAAAUUGUCAAGCUGUUGGCCAGCGAUGACAUCAAUGUUCCAGAUGAAGAAACUAUUUUCCAAGCGUUGAUGAUGUGGGUUCGCUAUGACAUACAGCACAGGCAGCAGGAUCUGGGAGUGUUGCUGGCGUACAUCCGACUCCCUCUUUUACCACCUCAGCUUCUUGCUGAUCUGGAAAACAAUAAGAUGUUUUCGGAGGACCUCGAAUGCCAAAAGCUCCUGAUGGAAGCAAUGAAGUACCAUCUUUUACCCGAGCGCCGUCCUAUGUUGCAAAGCCCAAGAACCAAACCACGCAAAUCCACCGUUGGAUCUCUCUAUGCCGUUGGAGGGAUGGAUGCCUCAAAAGGAUCCACAACGAUAGAGAAAUACGACCUCCGCACAAACAGAUGGAUCCAGGUUGGCAUCAUGAAUGGUCGAAGGCUUCAGUUUGGGGUGGCGGUGAUUGAUAACAAACUCUAUGUGGUAGGAGGAAGGGAUGGCCUUAAGACUUCAAACAUGGUCGAGUGCUACAACCCUAUCACUAAAGUCUGGUCCACCAUGCCUCCAAUGUCAACGCACAGACAUGGAUUAGGAAUUGCCGUGCUGGAGGGGCCAAUGUAUGCAGUGGGAGGUCAUGACGGAUGGAGCUAUUUAAACACUGUGGAAAGGUGGGACCCGCAGGCGAGGCAGUGGAAUUAUGUGGCCAGUAUGGCCACUCCGCGCAGCACUGUUGGUGUCACUGCUCUCAACGGAAAGUUGUUUGCGGUGGGCGGUCGUGACGGAAGCUCCUGUUUGAGAUCGAUGGAAUCUUUUGAUCCCCACACCAAUAAAUGGAGUAUGUGUGCACCCAUGACAAAGAGAAGAGGAGGAGUGGGUGUGGCCACUUACAACAGUUUCUUGUAUGCAGUGGGAGGUCAUGAUGCACCAGCUUCAAACCAUUGCUCACGUCUCUCUGACUGUGUGGAGAGGUACGACCCAAAAACAGACACGUGGACCACAGUGUCUUCCCUGAGCGUCCCUCGGGAUGCAGUGGGAGUGUGUCUGCUGGGUGACAGAUUAUAUGCGGUCGGAGGAUACGACGGCCAGACCUACUUAAACACUGUUGAGUCCUAUGAUGCACAGAAUAAUGAAUGGACUGAGGAGGUCCCACUUAACAUUGGGCGGGCUGGGGCGUGCGUGGUGGUCGUGAAACUGCCUUGAAGGCUCCCAUUCCCCGAACUGAACGCCUCUUCAAGCACUCACGGCAGUGCUAAAUAUGACCUAUGAUUUUGACAAUUGAAUGCAAUAGCAUAUUGUAAUACACAGCUUACAACACUGGAUUUAUUGAAAUAGAGUCAUUUGCUUAGAUAUUUUAGCAUUAUUUCAGACUGGAAAAGAGAAGAGUUAACUGUAGUGAAAUUAUAUGAGAAAAUUUCACAUUUUGUAUUGAGAGAAGCAGCUUUUUAAAAUUUAUCUAUACAGACUUUUUUGAGUUUUAAUAUUUGCAUCUUGUUAACCUCAUCAUACAUUUUGACAUAUCUUUUAACUGUAUGAAUAUCAACUGUAUUUUAAAACAGCAGCAUACUUGUUUACUUGUGACAUUUUGUGAAAAAAAUGUAUUUUGAUCUUAGAUAAACGAUUUUAAAAGACACUGUGAAUAUGUCGUGAGCUUGCAACAAAACACUGGAAACCAGUUCACCCAAAAUGUUUGUGGACACUGUCAUGCACAAUUCCCUGAAUACACAUUUUGUUUGAGACUAGGUUUAGCACGAAUCUACUUUUGUAAGUUGUCUUUGAGGUAGAAAAAAACGAAAAAGCCAAAGCAAUUAGCACGUGUUGGUAAGUAAAGACUUAUAAUUGUAAUACGGUUUACAGUAGAACAUUUACUAUUAUAUCAUAUUGAUAUUUCACCAUUAUGUAAAGAUUUUGUAAUUUUUAUUGUAUAUAACUCCUGCUCCAAUAUAAUUUAAGGUCAUAUCUUUUGGGCAUGCUUCCUUAAUAUGUUUGAAUGCCAUAUUCAGUAUUUUCAUCAUGAUGUCAAAGUCAGCCCCUUUAAAUGUUAUAAUUCUUGCUUUUGUGAUGCACUGACAUUCAUGCUCAAUUCUGACAACGCAAUAACCAAAAAAUGGUUUAUUGAAGAGUCUUAUCACCUGACUUACUGGAAUGUAACACUAAUCAAGUAUAUGUUUACUAGAGUGACACAUUUGUAACACAGAAAUGCGUUCACUGAAACAUUUUUCAUUGUUUUAUAUGGCAUGCAGAA